AUGCAAACUACUAGCUUUAAAAUGUUUGUAAUUGUAACAUUUUUGUAUGUAGAUAUCGACGAAUGCUCUACUAGCUCUCACAGCUGUGACGUUAAUGCGGUGUGUAGUAAUACUGUGGGAUCUUACGCAUGCGCAUGCAAAGCAGGAUUCACAGGAGAUGGAAACACCUGCACUGGUGAGUCGUUUAAGUCUAAUUUAAAAUGUUUGUUUGAAAUGUUUGUUUUUUGAAUAAACCGGCAACAACGGCAAUACAACAUUCUUUAUCUGUACCCUUCUUGCCCUUCAAUAAAGUUUUGGUUAGAUGGGAAAAAAAAAAUUACAGUAAAAAUGACCGCUUGGAGUAAGCGAACAGACAAGCGAUGUCAAGCAGUCAGAUUAUGUAAGCAAUAAAGUACAGGCGCCGGUUGUACAAACGCUGAAUGGCGCUAUCCAACAGGUAAAUCACUAUUCAGUAGAUGAGUAUGAGGUAAGCAAUUGCACUAUCCACUGGAUAGAGAUGUAUCGACUGGAUAGGGUUAUCCAUCUUUUGAGCAACUGGGGCCAGGUCGGCAAGAUGCGCAAAGUCGUAAGAUGUGCGUAAGUGCGAUUUUUUUAUAUUUUUUGUCCAAUAACUGCAGCAAUAUAGAUUAUUCAAACCUGCGAUUAUUUUUCCUUUUAUCAAGCAUAAAAUAAUUAAUUCCGUUUAGCUUGUUUCCCCUUUGCAAAGAAAACGGUUACAAAGGUUAUGAUUACGCUUACUUGUAUUGUCCCCUUUUGUAGACAUUGACGAAUGCACCCUCGGUACUCACAACUGCCACAGUUCACUUGCUUCAUGUACAAACACAGUGGGAUCCUUUAGUUGUUCAUGUAACAGUCCUUCCAGAGGAGAUGGCAGAACUUGCAAUCUACCAUCAGGUAAUCAACUCGCCGAAUAUUAG